CUGGUAGAACCUCGUCCAUGUGAACCGAUCUAGGCUUUGAUUGGUUGAUAUUGCCCAUAUAGCGGCAAUGAAAUAAGGCUGUGCAAUGGCAGUGCAGAAGUACUAUAAGUACCUCCAGCCGACGGAGUCGACAAAAACACCACUCAAGCAGAGACCCAAUGUGUAUCCUAGCGGCUGUCCGACACCUAGCAGCGAAAAGCCAGUAUUACGCCGUCAUCCCCGCCUGGGAAGCUUUCGGAGAGAAUGCUAACCGCGGUAAGAAGACAACAGGAGGCCACUACUCCUUGAAAGCCGCGAAAGACGAUGAUUUGGGUGUUUGUCUGGGCCAAUCCGCUCGCGAGCGUUGAAAAUAGGCAUCCUACGACGGUACAUGACGCGGCUGCCAACAGCAUCUGCAACUGAGCCAGCUAUCAUCAUAGAACAGCCGCUGGUG